AUGGCAUGCCUCACGGCUGCGACUGGCCGGCGCCUCGGCGCGUCAGCUCGGCUCGGCGUAGCGAUCGUGGCCAGCGCAACUCGCUUGGACUCAACGCUCAGCCAGGAGCUCCCGCACGCGCUGGCGCGAGUCAUGGCGCAUGCAACGCGGAUAGUCAGGGCCGUCCAUCAGAGCUCCAGUAAGCUCGGAGACAUCCCAUUAGCGCGACUCGACCUCUUUGAGUCACUGCCUUCCCGGCGGGUUGGCCUCUACAACAAACUCUACAGCAAAAUCGCGCUCUACAUCGCUCUACAACGCACGCAGUUCGUCCCGCGCCCGAUGUAG